CACAUGUUAUUUCGGUGCGGUUGGACGAUUGUGUGAAUACGUGUGAAAUGAACGGGCAGAAUUUUGCUUCGGAUGGGCAAACCUGCCAAAUAUCUAUCUAAAGCAAAAUUUAGCUGUGUCUAUCAUUAAACUCUUCGUUGUGGGCAAGUACGUUGCCAGAGUCUAUGUUUUACAAAUGCUUACCCGCCUAACAGGUUAUUGCGAAUUUUAGUUGUUGCGUAUUUCUUCAACCGAAAUGAGAACUUCAACUGUUAAAAUGAAUUAUUUUGUGCGAUCUUCACUAAUUGCAAUAAUUGCAAUAAACUUUUGCUCAAUCAAAGGUUAUAUUCGUUGCAACAGUAAUGUGACAUAUAACGGUCUUGGCGUUGAUGGGACUCUUCUACAAUUUGAGCAGUUUCAUUCCCAGUCCUUUGUGCCGAAUGCAUUGCAUAUUUCAUAUCGCGUCGAAAACGGUAUUGGCAUUUAUUAUAAUAUCUCAGCGUUUCAGUCCUUUCCAGGAAAAAUACUUUUCAACAUAUUUAUACGCAAAGUGCCCACUAAUGUUAAUGGAAGAACAGUAAAUGUAAUGAAACGUAAAAACUUAGAUUUUUGCAAAAUCAUAGAAAUGGUGCAUAACUUCACUAAAGAACCGCCAAUCCAAAAUACGUUCCUUAUUUCAUGUCCAUUUCAAAGCGGUUUUUAUUACAUCACAAACGGCACGGUUAGAAUGGAAACCAUACCGUUAACUUUUGCGCAUGGUCUAUACUGGGCGCAGAUCGAACUAGUUCAAGUGUUUGGAGAGGUUACUAAAUUAAUGAAUGUGAAAGCGAAGUGUCGAUAUGAGCCAGCACCAAGUAAUGCAUGAGAUGAAUUUUCAACUUUAACAAACGCUCACAGCGACAAAUUGCUGAGUUCACAGCAAAGCGUGAGUCGAAAUAUUUUUAAAAACUAUUUUGCAUACAUUACGGAAGACAUAAAAAUCAUCAAAGUUUUGUAUAAAUAUGUAAAUGCAUUCAUAAAUAUGUGUAUACGUACAUAAAUAAAAAACAUAAAACGAUGAAUCGCUAAACAAUAAGUCACAGCCGGUGCUUUUGAUUGCUUUGUCUAUCUGAAAAUAAUGCCCUUCAAUAUUCCGAACUACAUAUGUAAACCCAAUUAUGCCAUUGAUGCGCCUAUUAAGAUAAGUGAAUCUCAUUCAAAAUAAAUUACGUAUACGCUCCACGGUACAUUUUCCGUAGUUGAAAUAUUGUAUAUAUGCAUGGUCAUACAUACACACUACAUGCCAACAGUACUAUGGCUAUGAAAACAAAAUCAACAAUGGCAACAAUAAAGAUGACUCAAAAACAACAACAUUCACAACAAGAAAAACAACAACAAAACUCCAGUAAUUCACAUCGACGGCAUCUUCAUUUGGAAUCGUCUCUGCCGCAGCUCCAAACCGUUGCAAUAUCAACUUUUGUUAUAAUUUUUGGAUUACUUUGUGCUGCGAUUUGUGUCAGUGGGCAAGUUGAUGGUUAUACAGCAGGCGUGGAUUAUCCUGCCUACGAAUCGGUGCCAAAGGGACUUUCAUUCAAAUGCCGAAACCGACUUCCUGGCUAUUAUGCUGAUACGGAGACACGCUGUCAGGUUUGGCAUUGGUGUCUGCAUUCGGGUCAUCAAUACUCAUUUAUUUGUCCCAAUGGUACCGUUUUCAACCAAGCGGUGCGUGUUUGUGAUUGGUGGACGAAUGUCAAUUGUCCAGUGGCUGAAGAAUUGUAUAAAAACAACGACGAAUUAUACCGAACCACCGAACCAAAUCCGGAGCAGAACCUCUGAUAUAAGGCCAUUAAUAUAAAUCAAUCCAGUUUAUUGGGCCAGCAAAAGCAAAAUUAUCAAACACAGCAACAACGAAAACAACAGCUACGGCAGCGACAGCAAAGCCACAGCAACAGCUGCAUUAUUCACAACAACAACAAAAUCAAAGAACCAAAAGAAUUUCAAAUGGAGGAUGACUAUUAUGAUGCGCGCGAAAUUAAUGGUUUGAGUGAGCUAACCAUACCAGAAUAUGCACGAACACGAAUGCAGAUACAACCACACAUGCAGCUUAGUAAACAACCACAGCCACAGCCACUGCAAAAUGCAUUGCUGACCACUCAUAAUUUACCAAAAAGUAGUUUUAGAGGCAACAUCAAAUACUCACAAAAUAAUGGAAAUAGUAACAGUGACAACAACAACAAUAACAACAACUAUCAAUAUAAAAGCAAUAGCAAUAACAAUAAGAAUAAGAAUAAUAUCGGCUACAAUGUAUUAAAUCAAAGUGGUCGCAAUUUGAAUAGUCGAAAUAAUAGUAAUCACAGUAGUAGCAAUAGCCGCCACAACAAUAAUUUGCAGGGCAAGCAUAAUAAAAAUAAAAGUGCAGCAACCAAUGCCAAUAAUCUGGAUAACGAUGAACUUAAAGACUACAAGAGUAAGAUCAAAAACAAAUACAACAUCGACUAUGACCAUUCAUUGGAUGAAGAAUAUGAAAUAAUCGAGGCCAUCGAAUAGAUGCAGCUCAUCGUUAAUUUCAGUGAGUGAUGAACUUGAUGAUCUUGCUAACGAUGGCGUUUGUGCUAGCGAUGAUGAAAGCGUUGUUAACGAUUUACGUUUAAGUGUCACUAAUGUUGAAGCCCUUGCCCCAAUACUCGUAUCCCAUAAUCGGCUUUGUACGUAUGUACGAGUAUGUAUUUGCUUGGAAUAGAAAAGCCGAUAAGUUAUUAUUUUGGGUUAAUUCUCCCACAAUAUUUUUACUUUUUUGGUUUUAUUUUGUUGGUUUCUUUAAUUUUUAUAUAUAUUUUUUAUACUUGUUUU